AGCCCCCCACAACCCCCCUGUUCAUCUGUCUUCCCCACCCUCAUUCCCUGGAUCCCAGAGAACUCCGAGAUUUGCUCACAGGGAUCUGGACUCAAUAGAGAGAGCGAGGGAGGGAGGAGAGAGCAAGAGAGGGAGGGAGGAAAAAGACCAAAAUAUUUCUUUGGGAAUAAAGCCCACCUGUAUUCAGCCGGCAGAAGCCGUGUCAGGCUCCCCAUACAGAAGGUGACUAUGAGAGCCUGGAUAGUUCUACUAUUACCCUUCAUCCUGGUUUUGGUAAUCGAGAUAAAUGGUCAACGGCGUAGGCCUAAGCCAACUGUAGUACGUCCAACAAAGAGACCAACCCCCCUUCCACCAGAACCUGCUGAACCCACUGAUCUACCCCCUCCACUUCCUCCAGGACCUCCAUCUGUGUUUCCUGAUUGCCCACGAGAAUGUUACUGCCCCGCUGACUUCCCUACUUCUAUAUAUUGUGAUAGUCGCAACCUGCGCAAAGUACCAAUAUUACCUUCCCGCACUAGGUAUGUCUAUCUGCAAAAUAAUUUCAUUAAUGACCUGCAAGAAGAUUCCUUCAAAAAUGCCACUGAGCUGCAAUGGAUCAACUUGGACAAUAACAAAAUUAAGAAAAUUGAGAAGAAAAUCCUAGAGAAAUUAGACAACCUUACUUAUUUGUAUAUGGAGAAAAAUCAACUGAAGGAGAUACCAUCUUAUCUGCCUCCUAAAUUGGAGCAGCUCCGUCUCAGCCGUAAUCAGAUCUCCAAGAUACCCUCUGGUGUCUUCAGUAAGAUGGAUCACCUGAUUUUGCUGGAUUUGCACAACAACAAGCUAAGUGAUGGGGUAUUUAACAAGAAUACAUUUAAGGGCUUAAAGAACCUCAUUCAGCUGAAUCUUGCUCACAACAUUCUGCGAAAAAUGCCUCCAACAGUUCCAGAGAGUGUUAAUCAGCUGUUUCUAGACAGGAAUAACAUUGAAGACAUUCCCAGUGGCUAUUUUAAGGAGCUUCCCAACCUGGUCUUCCUACGGUUAAAUUACAAUCAACUGUCAGAAAAAGGGAUACCCAAAAGCACUUUCAACAUCUCCAGUCUCCUGGUAUUGCAGCUCUCCCACAACAAACUUAGUGUGGUCCCACCAAUUAACGCUAAUCUAGAGCAUCUUUACCUGAAUGAUAACAUCAUUGAAAAAAUUAAUGGUACCGAAAUUUGCCCACUGCCAUUCGCUCCAUAUGAUUUCUCAGCUUCUGAUUUCUCUUCUAUGCCCCGACUGCGAUAUCUGAGACUAGAUGGAAACCAGCUGAAACCCCCUAUUCCACUGGAUGUGAUCAUGUGCUUCCGGCUGCUGCAGUCUGUGGUCAUCUGAGAAACUUAUACAAGAUUAAAUGAAUAUAAAGUGCAACACUAAAGCAAACACCUAUUUGUACAUUUAGACUGCUACACAAACACACCAUACCCUGUUACACAUAGCAUUAAACCAUGCUAUAAUAAACAUACAAUACACACUGUAGAGAUGAACUUCCAGUCAUGUUUUUCAUUAUGCAAGCUGUUGGGAGUUUCAUGAAUAGUACUCCCCAGCAGUAUACAGUAAUCAUAUGCUGAAAGUGAAAAUUUAUUAAUCAUCAUCAUUCCAAUGGGAUCCCAACUGAUUAAGUCACUCUUUUCCAAAUGCAUUCAAAUUCUAUAUACUGCCGGGCAGCACUUUUCAUGUACAUCCCAAGAGAAUGUGUAACUUUCUAUUGGCAUACCUGCCAACUGGCUGCACAUAGGGGCAGACAGGAAGAACUACCUGUAAAAAAAGGUGGGUCUGCCUAUACAGUAGGUAAGACUGCCCCUAAAGUAGGUGGUCAGACUAACUGACAGGUCACCCCUCUGAAUAACUCUGUUUAUGGGCCUAGUGCCCUGUCCCCAUAUGAAUCCUGAAAUCUGCUUGGUAGACUGAACUGCUGAGCCGAUUUGAGAAUGCGGAACAGGUCCCUGGAACCAGGCCCCACCAUCCGACAAACCAGGUAAAUGCCCAGUGGGUCAUGAGGGCUAUGAGUCCCUAUACUCUUCACACACACUAUAGCCCUAUAUCCCCUAAACACACACACUGCAACCUUAUAUCCAUAGACACACACAAACUACAACCCUAACCCCUUAAAUCCACACACUACAGCCCGUAUCCCCUCUAUCCUAACAAUGGAAAGUAUGAAAUUGAAACAAGGAUACAGGCCUAUAAGGGAACAUUACCAGUGACACAAUUUGCUUCACUUGGGAACACCUAAAUGUGUGGCACACAGGGAAGAGGCACGUCAGCUUGGUGUCCAGCAUGCCAGGCUGACCUACAGCCUUCCAGCCAGCCCCCUACAUAAAGGAACAUGUGCUACAGAAGCACUCUAAUGAUGCCCCAAAAUAUACACAUAUACUACAGCCCUGCUAUCCCCAAAAUACAUGCACACACACUACAGCCCAUAUCACCCCCUACCCCCACACACAUAACAGCCCCUAAACAAAAACAUUACAACUCCUACCGACACACAUUAUAGUCACUACCCACACACACAUUACAGUCCCUAUCCUCCCACCCAGACACAUACUAAAAACACAUGCACAUUCACUACAGCUCACACAAUACAGCCCCUAUCCCCACAUAUACUAUAGCGCCAACCAUCCUACACACACUACAGCCCCAGAGGUGGAGUUAACCCUGAGAGGUAAUUAUUGCAGUGUCUCAGAAACUGCAAUAAUUACCACUGCAGGGUUAAGAAAAAUGGAACAUUGCACCCAAACCACUUGAAGGAGAUGAAGUGGUCUGGGUGCCUACAGUGUCCCUGGAGGCAUUUGUGGAUCUGGAGGCAUUUGUAAACUACUCAACCAUCAUUCUUGUGGAGUUGUAUUAUGAUGUUUCCAGACUCAUGGCAUUAUUUCCCCUAUAAUAUACAGUUCACUGUUCUGUAUGUGUAUUUACAGGAUCCAGCACACUCACUCACAAAAUACCUGACUUAAAAAAAGGGUAUUUAGUUACAGUAUAUAAUUCAUCUACUAUGGCCUUAAAGGGUUACUCCAACCAUCUAAACCAUUUUAGUGAUUUGAAGUGGUCGUGGUGAUAGGAGCCUGAAAGUGCAGUGUUUCUGUUUAAAACACUACACAUUCAGAGAUCUUUUUUAUUUUCUGCCUGGGGCUAUUUCCACUUCCAGAACACAUAAUUCAAGCAGCCUGGAACUCUGUUCCAGACUGCCUGAAAUCAAUUCUGUGCAUAAAAUGCGUCCAAUGUCAGCGUUCACUGUAAGCUGGCAACAGAGAUAUUGAGCCUAUAAUUGGACUGCAUGUGGCUCCUGGUAUAUGAUUUGACUGCGAGAGGCACCUGGCUGACGUCAUUAGAAAGAGUGGAAGUCAGUGCCGAGAGAUUUGCCAGGCACUUAAUUCCAGGUAAGUAAUACAUUUCUUUUGGAGGGUGGAGAGUAAACAGAGGUGGGGGCACCUUUUUCAUUUUACCCGCAAAAGGGUUGGUGUAAACCUUUAAAGGGACUCUCCAGUGCCAGGAAGACAAAUCGUUUUCCUGGCACUGCAGGUACCCUCUCCCUCCCACCUCCCAUCCCCGGUUGCCGAAGGGGUCAAAACCCCUUCAGUGACUUACCUGAGGCAGCGCCAAUGUCCCUCUGCGCUGCUUCUGGGUCCACCCAUGCUCCUCCCCGUCACCACGUCAUCCGGCAGGGGAGACCUAAUGCGCAUGCGCGUUAGACCUCUCCAUAGGAAAGCAUUGAGGGAUCACAAAGCGUAAGGAUGUCCAGCGAUGCUAUAGCACAGAAAACCGGUGCUAGAAUCCCGGAAGUGCCCUCUAGUGGCUGUCUAUUAGACAGCCACUAGAGGAGGAGUUAACCCUGCAAUGCAAUUAUUGCAGUUUAUGAAAACUGCAAUAAUUACACUUGCAGGGUUAAGGGUAGUGGGAGUUGGCACCCAGACCACUCCAAUGGGCAGAAGUGGUCUGGGUGCCUGGGAUGUCCCUUUAAAUGGGAAAUUGACUUUUAAUUCUCAUGUCAGUAAAUAACUCUGACAAUGUUAUCACAACACAUUCUCUACAAAAUUUACUUUAACUACUCAUAUCAGUACAAUGCUUAUAAAUACAAAUAUCUAAAAUUCUGCUUUAACAAUGCAUAGGCCUCCUUGAAGUAUUAUAGAAAAAAACUGUGUAUUAGUGUCCUUAAAGGAACACUAUAAGCACUAUAACCACAUUGUCUCAUUGAAAUGCUUAUGGUGCCUAGAGUACUCUGUUCAGUGCUAAACCAUUUCUGAACAUCGUAGAAAUUAAUGAGAACAGGCAACCAAACCUAUCUCUACUUCUUGGUCCGAUGCUUCUGUAUUCACCAAAUCAGCAAUGGGUAACAGUGAUUGGCUGAGAGCAUUAAGUGCUCUUUGCCUAUCACUGCUGCCUCUUGCUGGUAUGAGGUGAUAUGACUAAGGAGGAGUUUAUCUUUGUCUUGCUGAAUCCCUAGAGGGUGCUGUGCAGCCGGUACCUGGGGAACCUAUUUCAGUAUUAAACUCUUCGAAUACAGUGAGUGGACAACAGGCAACUCAAGGCAUACAUAUAGAGUCUCUUUAAAGGAGAAUGGUAAUUACUGCAUUAUUAAAACACAAUUUAUAUAUAUUUAAUUAUGUUUUACUAAUAUAUACAUUAUGUACAUUGCUAUAUGAACAUGCUACACUAGUUAAGUCUUGAGCACAUGACUUUUUACCCUUAAUAUCUUGCUGCAUGCUUUCUCAGUAACUAUUUAGACCUGAAAAUUAGUAUAUGUUCAUGCACAAUAUGUAUAGGUGUAAAUAUAUAUAUAUUUAUAUCUAUAUACACAGGAUGCUACUACUAUACAUUUGCUCUUACUAGUAUAGUUGCUGCAACUCACUGCAAUGUGCUGCACAUUCAGUUGAAGACAAAGGGGUUAAAUGCUCAUUAUAUUUUUGUUAAUGAUGUACACAGCGUUUGAAGCUAAGAGAGAUUGCUGUAUUGCAGCUCUCUGUGCUCUUUUGUUGUUCAAAAUCUGUCUCUUCCAUUUUAAUUAAAGACAAUUUUUGUUUUUGCAUGCUGUCUCAUUUGCUCUAUCCCUCCCUCUACAUUCCCCAUCUACCAAGUUUCUCACAUAAUGUCGCUUGAUUAUCUUCCUAAAAUAAAUUGCAUGGUUUUU